CUGUCGCAGGUGGCAGCCGCGGGCGGGGGGUGAGGCGAGAGGGGGACGUGGAGCCGCUGUCAUGAGCUACUCAGGUUAUGGCAACUGGAACUCUGGGACAAACAGAGGAUACGAGGGAUAUAGUUAUGGAUAUGGAUACGGUCAAGAUAACUCUGGCAAUUAUGGGUAUGGUAUGGCCACUUCAAACUCUUGGGAAAUGCCUAAUUCAGACACAGACCCUAACACUUCCACUGGCGCCGAUGCUGUUAUAGCAAAAAUGAACCAGCGCUUAGAUAUGGUGUCUCAUCUAGAAACGGACACAAUGCAAGGAGGACAUUAUGGCUCAGGUGGAGACAGGUAUAAUACAUAUGAGUCCUACGACUCAAGGUCUUCACUGAACGACCGUGAUCUAUACAGAUCCGGCUAUGAUUACAGUGAGGCUGAACAUGACACCGAAAAUGCCUAUGAAGGUUGCUAUGACAGCUUCUAUGGGAACCACAGGGACCAGUACCAGAACAGAGCACGGGACAACUUUGGCCAGCGGGGUCAGAACUGGGCCAGAGACGGGCGAAAUAACAGACCCAUGGCAUCUUCAUAUUCCGGGCACAUGGGCGGACAGUGGAAUGAGCAGCCAAUGGGAGGGCGGGGCCAUGGCCCCCACGGCUCCUCUAGGCUCCCAUCCCUCUUCUCCCACAACAUUAUCCCAGAACUCAGCAUGUUCCAGGGAAUGCGAGGUUUCUCUGGAAACAUGCGCUUUGGAGGAGGCGGCAUGAAACAACGAAUGAGGAGAAACUGGAAAAUGUGGGACGCAGACUUUAAAUCACAGAAAAAGAAAAUCAAGAAGGACCCUACCUCUAAGAAGAGAAAACAAACUGACAGCACUGAUGAACCUGACAGCAAGGCAGCAAAAACUGAUGGCUCUGACAACUCCGACUCUGAGAAUGAGGAAGGGACUGAAGGAGAAGCAGCAGAGAAGGAGGGCUCCAAAGCUGAGGGUGACGAUGAAGAAGGAAAAGAUUCUGAGAAAGGUGCUUUAACAAUUCAAGAAGAGAUCAGUCAAAUCAAGCGCAAAUUGCAGGCAGGCAAGAAAACUCAAGAGAGGCAGAAAAAGAGGCAUCGGGAUCGCAUGGUAGAAAGGAUUCAGUUUGUUUGUUCGCUGUGCAAAUAUCGGACCUUCUAUGAGGAUGAGAUGAAUGUUCAUCUGGAAAGCAAAUUCCACAAGGAACAUUUCAAAUUUGUUGGAACAAAACUGCCUCAGCAGACAGCUGACUUCCUCCAGGAUUACGUUGCUAACAAAACAAAGAAAACCGAAGAACGCCGUAAAGCAAUUGAAGACAUUAAUGCAGUUAUCCAACAGAUCUAUAAAGACCAAGAUCUUACCCAAGAUAUUGGCAUGGAACACUUUAUUAAAAAGGUGGAGGCUGCUCACUGUGCUGCAUGUGACCUCUUCAUCCCAAUGCAGUAUGGAAUUAUCCAGAAGCACCUGAAGUCCCUUGACCACAACCACAACCGCAGAGCCAUGAUGGAGCAGUCCAAGAAAUCAUCUUUAGUAGUUGCAAGAAGUAUUCUCAAUAACAAACUAAUCAGCAAGAAAUUGGAGCGGUAUUUGAAGGGUGAGAAUCCCUUCACAGAUGAUCCAGAAGAGAAAGAGGAGCAUGAGGAAGGAGAGGGUGGAACGAGUGGAAAUGCAGAGGAGGGAAUAGCUGAAGGAGCAGAUGGAAACAAGAUUGAUGAAGAAAACCAAGAUGAAGAAAACAAAGAUGAGGAAAGCCAAGACCGAGCGGAGAACCCAGAAGCAGACGCAACUGAGAAUCACGGGGAGCAAGAGGAGAUUCAGGCAGAGGCACAAGCAGAAGUAGAAGCAGGCUACACAGAGGAGAAGAAUUCACAAGUUGCAGAGGAAACCCUCACUGCUGAGGAGGAAGAGCAACUGCUGGAAGGAGGUGAGGAAGAAAGCAAAGGAGUUACUGCAGCAGAAGAGGAUGAGCCCUUGGAGUAGACUCUGGAUGGGGAAGCUGACCUGUUUAAGACCCAGCAUUAAGUUUUUUUAAAACAUAACUAUCUGUGAAACUUCAUAGUAUGUUUUUGGUUAUCAUUCUACUAAACUUUCACCUAGUUAUGGCAGUUGAAAGCCUCUAUCUGUAAAGUGUUUUUGGAAAUAGAUUUUUUUUUUUUU